GCUUUGCAUUCAUAUUGUUGAGUAGUUUGUGGUUCAUCACACUAGACGCAUCAAAAUGUUCAAGCUCAUCGCUUUGGUUGUCUGCUUUGCCGUGGUCGCUUCGGCCUUUGAGGACUAUCACAGCUAUCCCAAGUACAAGUACGAAUAUGGAGUCAAGGAUGGACACACCCAUGACCACAAGAGCCAAUGGGAGCACCGCGAUGGAGAUCACGUUAAGGGACAAUACACUCUGGAUGAAGCCGAUGGAACCCACCGUAUCGUUGACUAUAGCUCGGAUCACAAGACUGGAUUCCAGCCUCAUGUUCAACGUGUGGGCCAUGCUCAUCAUCCACAUGGUGAGAGCUACGCCAAUAUCGAUCAGCACUACUAGAUAUCAUCUGGUAUAACCAAAGAACAAGAUCAACUUUACCGUCAAAAAUAUAGUGAAAUUUUG